UACUCCUCUCUCUAUUUUCCCACCCAGUCAAUCAGAGAAGUGACCGGCUACGUGUUGGUGGCCCUCAACCAGUUCGACUACCUGCCGCUGGAGAACCUACGGAUCAUCCGAGGCACCAAACUGUACGAGGGUCGCUACUCUCUGGCCAUCUUCCUCAACUACAGGCGGGAUGGGUACUACGGCCUGAGGCAGCUGGGCCUGCGCAACCUCACAGAGAUACUGAAUGGGGGUGUUUAUGUCGACCAGAACAAAUUCCUCUGCCAUGCGGACACCAUCCAUUGGCGUGACAUUAUCAAGAACCCCCAGGCUGAACUGCUGGUGGUGCCAUCCAACAACAGCAACCUCGGAUGCAGACGCUGUCAUCGCUCAUGCAAUGGACGCUGCUGGGGCCAUCAGGAAGACCAGUGUCAAACCUUGACAAAGACGGUGUGUGCAGAGCAGUGUGACGGUCGAUGCUUCGGGCCUUACGUCAGUGACUGCUGCCAUCGCGAGUGUGCCGGCGGCUGCUCGGGCCCCAAGGACACCGACUGUUUCGCUUGCACCAAUUUCAACGACAGCGGAGCAUGUGUGACCCAGUGCCCUCAGCCGUUUGUGUACAACCCGACAUCUUUUCAGUUAGAGCACAACCCCAGAGCCAAGUACACCUAUGGAGCCUUUUGUGUCAAGAAAUGUCCACAUAAUUUUGUGGUGGACCACAGCUCCUGUGUCAGAGCGUGUCCCAGCAACAAGAUGGAAGUGGAGGAGAACCGCAUCAAGAUGUGCAUCCCCUGCACGGACAUCUGUCCCAAAGUGUGUGAUGGCAUAGGGACGGGCAGCCUGCAGACAGCUCAAACAGUCGAUGCCAGCAAUAUUGAUAAAUUUGUCAACUGCACCAAAAUCAACGGCAACCUCAUCUUCCUCAUUACUGGCAUUAAAGGGGACAUGUAUCAUGGUAUUGGACCUUUGGACCCAGAGCGUCUGAACGUGUUCCGCACCGUGAAAGAGAUCACAGGUUACCUCAACAUCCAGUCUUGGCCUGAGAACAUGACAGAUCUCAGUGUUUUUUCGAACCUGGCCACUAUUGGAGGUAGAUCUCUUUACAGUGGAAGCGGUAUUUCCCUGUUGAUCUUGAAGCAGCGUUGGAUCUCCUCACUUCAGUUCCAGUCGCUGGACGAGAUCAGCGCCGGGAAUGUCUACAUUUUCAACAACAGCCUCCUGUGUUUCUACAACACUGUCAACUGGACGUCUCUCUUCAGGACCACGAGCCAGAAAGUCCUCAUCCGCAACAACCGAGAUCCGAAGGAAUGCUCUCAGCAGCGAAUGGUGUGCGAUCGGAUGUGUUCAGACGACGGGUGCUGGGGCCCCGGGCCUGACCAGUGUCUUUCCUGCCGAUAUUUCAGACGGGGCCGCACCUGUGUUGAGUCCUGCAACCUCUUUGAUGGGGAAGUGCGUGAAUUUGCCAAUGGAUCCGUGUGCCUGGAGUGCGAUAGCCAGUGUGAAAAGAUGGAUGGGAACACCAUGACAUGUCUUGGCCAGGGCCCUGACCAAUGUGUAAAAUGCCUCCACUUCAAAGAUGGACCCAACUGCGUGGAGAAGUGCCCCGAUGGGUUGCAGGGCGCCAACAGUUUCAUCUUCAAGUACGCCAAGGCCAACAACGAAUGCCAUCCCUGCCAUGCCAACUGCACCCAGGGGUGCGUCGGGCCAAGACUCCAAGAUUGUGUUGGGAUGAUGGACAGGACACCGCUAAUAGCAGCUGGCAUUAUCGGUGGGCUAUUUAUCAUCGUCAUCCUGGCGCUCAGCGUGGCCGUUUAUGUUCGACGCAAGAGCAUCAAGAAGAAGAGGGCCUUGCGGCGCUUCUUGGAGACAGAGCUGGUGGAGCCCCUCACCCCCAGUGGAACGGCCCCCAACCAGGCUCAGCUGCGGAUCCUGAAAGAGACAGAACUGAAGAGGGUUAAGAUCCUGGGUUCAGGGGCUUUUGGAACAGUUUACAAGGGCAUCUGGGUCCCAGAAGGUGAGACAGUGAAGAUCCCUGUGGCUAUUAAAAUCCUCAACGAGGCCACGGGUCCCAAAGCUAACGUGGAGUUCAUGGACGAGGCUCUGAUCAUGGCCAGCAUGGAGCACCCCCACCUGGUGCGUCUGCUGGGCGUCUGCCUGAGCCCCACCAUCCAGCUGGUCACCCAGCUCAUGCCCCACGGCUGCCUGCUCGACUACGUGCAUGAGCACAAGGACAACAUCGGAUCGCAGCUGCUGCUCAACUGGUGUGUCCAAAUCGCCAAGGGCAUGAUGUACCUGGAGGAGAGGCGGCUGGUCCACAGGGACCUGGCGGCCCGGAACGUGCUGGUGAAGUCGCCCAAUCACAUCAAGAUCACCGACUUCGGCCUGGCUCGGCUGCUGGACGCUGACGAGAAGGAGUACAACGCAGACGGGGGCAAGAUGCCCAUCAAAUGGAUGGCUCUGGAGUGCAUCCACUACAGGAAGUUCACUCAUCAGAGUGACGUGUGGAGUUAUGGAGUGACCAUCUGGGAGCUGAUGACAUUCGGAGGCAAGCCGUACGACGGCAUUCCCACGCGAGAAAUCCCAGACAUUCUGGAGAAGGGGGAGCGUCUGCCCCAGCCACCCAUUUGCACCAUCGAUGUCUACAUGGUCAUGGUCAAAUGCUGGAUGAUUGACGCAGACAGCAGGCCCAAGUUCAAGGAGCUGGCUGCUGAGUUCUGCAGAAUGGCCCGUGACCCCCAGCGCUACCUGGUCAUCCAGGGAGACGACCGCAUGAAGCUUCCCAGCCCCAAUGACAGCAAGUUCUUCCAGAGCCUCCUGGACGAAGAGGACCUGGAUGACUUGAUGGAUGCGGAGGAGUACCUGGUGCCUCGAGGUUUCAACAUGGCUCCGCCAUCAUACACAACCAGGCCUCGUGUUGACUCCAACAGAAACCAGUUUGGCUAUCGAGAUGGUGGUCCAAACUGUACCGAGGGCUCUGUGGCAGGUGCCCAAGCCUGUGUGAACCAGGAAGCCACAGGCGGCCCGGUUCCAGCCCUGGAGGACCAACGCUGUAAUGGGAGCCUGCAUAAGAAGACCUUGAGCCAGGCUGGGGGAGAGGACAGUGGGGGCCAGAGAUACAGCGCUGACCCUACCAUCUUCCUGGGGGAAAGGGCAUCCAGAGGGGACACUGAUGAGGAUGGAUACAUGACACCCAUGAAGGACAAGAGCUCCUCAGAAUACCUGAAUCCCAUUGAGGAAAACCCAUUUGUCUCACGGCGUAAAAACGGUGAGAUCCACGCCUUGGAUAACCCGGGCUACCACAGCACACCCAACAGCCUGCCCAAAGGAGAAGAUGAGUACAUCAAUGAGCCCCUCUACCUCAACACAUUCCACAGUCCUGCUGAGCUGGGCCUGGAAGCCCUGAGAAGAAAUGGUCUACCCCUACCCACCCAGCCUCCUUCUUCCAUCUCAGCCACAACUUCAGGCUCCCACCUCCCGCUUACCAUCCAGACCAGCCUGCCCCACUACCCCCUCCCCACGGCUCAACCCUCUCCAUCUGGCAUGCCAUGCCACCACGGCCCACCAACCCACAUCCUCCACACCCACCACACCGUCAAACCUGCAGGACAACCUGGCAUCCCAGGUGGUGGCUCCGCCAACCAGAGCCAAACAGGAACUACUGCACAAGCCCAGUUAUGCCAGUCAGGGGCCCUGUCCACUUUGGCCACCAUCGGGCACGGCAGCCUGCCAGCUUACCAGAGCCACGCCACCUCGCACCCCGCCAGCUUGCUAAAGGGCGGAGGGCUGACAUCAGGCAAAGCCAGUGGGAAGAAGCUGAAGGUGACCUUUGACAAUCCAGAAUACUGGCAGCACAGCUUGCCUCCCAAAUCGUCUAACCAGGCGGCCCCUGACGGCGCCCAGGGAGGUUCCACCAAUGCCAAGCUCUUCUAUAAGCAGAACGGACACGUACGGCCGGUGGUAGCUGAAAAUCCUGAAUACAUGUCCGAGUUAUCCCUGAAAUCUGGCACCGUCUUGCCGCCUCCACCCUACCGGCAGCGGAACACUGUGGUCUAGAUCGUUCCACUUGACAUACGCUCCUCAAUCUGACUCUAGCCUCCAACAACCCAGACAUCCUCUCCGGUUCCACUGUUCCACACAGAGGGGAGCGGCCGCAACCAGAGCCACCCCCAACUCUUUCCAAAUAAUGUGCCAUCUGCUAUAGACUGUAGCAACAUCAGAAGGAGGUGGACAGAACCGAACCAAGCAAACCAACUCAGACUCACACAUCUUCACUUUAUCCAAUCCAGUCCAUUUCUGCUCUGUAGAUAGAGACUGUGCUCCAUGUCACUGAGAAUGUGAAGGUUAUGGUAGUUUUCGGCAAACAAUGGAUACAUGGCAGUGGAGGUACCGUGUCGUCCCUGCAAUGUAGACCACAACGGGGUCAAAUAAGAUGGAUUUGACUUAGGGGAACCGAACUCACUGCCAACCACUGCAGACAGAUUUAUAAGAACAAGAUGUUUUAUUAUUUUAUUGUUCUCCAGUAUAAAGGUCUGAGGAUGAACAACUCUUCUGAGGGUUUCUGAAAUAAGCAAACAGACGGAGGAAAUGCAGUCUGUUAGAUGUCAAGAUGUCUUGUUUUGUGAAUGACCUUGUAGCGUGAAGUGAAACAGCAAAACAAGGGAGGAAAAAAGACUGAAAGGUUUAGUCAGGAGAGUGACUUCCCGUAACAUGAAAGAUGGAGCACUUAAAGCUGAUCAAUCAUAUUCAAUCUUUUUACCUAUAGGAUUGUACCGUACGUUCUCGAAUUUUCCAUCAAAUAUGUGAAACUCAUCUCAUCUUUCUACUGUAACUGUGAUACUGUGAUGGUCAAAACUACAGUGACUCCUCCUUUCAUUUGUUGUUCAACCACGGACUUUUAAACAUGCCUGAAAACAUGCAGGGCAACUACUGUUUUGUUGUUUUUGCUUGACUGCUGUCCACUUGGAAAAGCUGAUCAGAACCUUUUUCCAAGCCAAAGGGGGGAAAAAUAACACUGUAAACAUUUUUUAUAAACACUGGUUGCAGUGCUGAAAAGAUGAAUUUUUAUACUCAGAUCAUGAAGCUAACUUAGAUGAGUAAAGAGUGUCUUUACCAUAAGAGUGCUGAAUAGUGAGUGCUGAAAAGGCCAUCCAUAAAGCAGCUGAACUCUGAAAUGGUGAUCAUAGAGACAGAGAGUGAGGGAGAGAACAAAAGAGAGAAAAAAAUCUACAGAGAGGGAAGGGAAAGUUCAUGCAUGCCGCCUAAUGAAGACCUCAAGGAAUGAACAAGACAGCACCAGCAGAGCACAGUAAAAACAGACUACUUUGUGUGUGUGUGUGUGUGUGUGUGUGUGUGUGUGUGUGUGUCUCUGUGUUUAUGUCAGUGUGAAUGCAAUAAGUGUGUGUAUUCACAUAUUAGCGAGCCAGUUUGGCCUCACAGGGAAUAUCUGUAGAAAAAAAACAUGCAUUAUAAGUUGGUGAGGACACGGUCGACAGCUAAAAACCUUCAGUACCGCUGUUUACCAACAUUAGAGAGAAACUGGUGUGACCUCAAAUAAGCAGAUUCUAUUGAUAAACAGAGGGUGAUGGUUUUGUGAUUAUUUAAAAACUGUGCCAAUAUAAUAAAUUUAGAAUGUUUGUCCAGUGUUCAUUCCUAAGGAACAUGACCAUUUUGGUAGCUUGGUAACUUACUUCUUACCCACUUUUUGUCUGGAGCCACUUCUCGUUAUGGCAGCAGAUUUGGACAGGACACCUGUACAUAUAGGAAGUGGAUGCACUGUCUUUCGUUUAUUCCACAAUUGUGUUCCAAAACAAAGUUUUGCCACCACAUUGGUGUUCAGCUAUUGUUAUUCAUUUGCUCUUGAUUCAUCAGCUGCACCUUGUAAAUCAGGAGCCCGUUGCCAGCUUGGCCACCCCGCAGUUGUGAUUUAUUUGGGUUGGUCUAAGGUGGCGAAGCAGACCUGCACAAUUUUAAACCAUUACUUUAUUUCAUUUAGACAAAUGAUCACCAAGAAAGAUCAAGAACAUGUCUGUAGUCUCAUAAGGCUGAUUUUUAACCCAAAUUAGUAGCAAUAGUCUUGCCGAUUCCACUUUUCAAUCGUUUGAAACUUGAUAAACUACUAACCUACCAACCUUACAUUUGUUCUGAUCAUAUACAACUGAUUUGCAUGAGCAAAUACUUUUUCAAGAAAACACAACGCUGCCCGGAGUUUAUCAACAUAUUGAGGAAACUUUGUUAAUGUAAUGUUCAAAGUUGCAAAAUAUUGAUACUGAAUGUGUCAGUAAAAUGUUUCCCACCAAAAUUUCCAAUCUUAUGAUGAUCCAUCAAGACUUAGCAUCUUUUCUUAGCCCAGAAUGACAUCAGCAUAAGUAUCCCAACAGAGUUUUACUGUUGAGAUCACAAAUAGCGCACUGAUUGCCCCUUAGCUCUCAAGAGAAUUGUUCGAACCCUCACUACUGAUGCCUCUGCAGGCAAACUGCCAGUCAAUGCUGCUAAAAGCGCUGGUGUUACAGCCAUUAUUUCUUCCGCCAAGCCAUACAGACACCUGUGGGUGGGAGAACACCACAAAGCUUGCCAAACUUAGAAGAUCAAGAUGAAAUAUUUUGUAAUGAUGGUUUGCCUCAGAGGUCCUUUUGCAAUAUCUCACUAGAAUCACAUCUUAGUUCAAUCGGUAUGAACAAAAUCUUGUAGUUCUGAACUCUUUAGCAAGUUUUUUCCAGCCAUUAUCCGUGGAACAUUAACAUUAUUGCUUUGUCAUUGUUUUUGAACAGCCUUUCAUCACUCUGCUGUGGCAGAGCCCUGCCAAGCUGUUUUCUGGUGUAGAAUGUUUAUUUUCUGUAAUGUCUCUGUGUGUGGAAGUGUUUGUCUGAGAGUAUGCGCAUGCAAAGCUGUACAUGUUUGUCCUCCCCAUGGAGCACUUUGAUCAAACUCGUGGGUAGAAAGAAAGGAUUUCCACCCUCCGUUACUGAAAUAUUCAACUUGUUUAUCUGGUCGUUUUACCACUUCAGAAAGCAGAAGCUUCAGCAAAAGUCCAAGGAAGGUACUGCGGCCCGGGGUUCAUGAAGAUAACACAUUUUAGGUGGUACUGACCAGCUUUAAGAAUGUUCUUGUUUCUAAGUUUUUUGUUUGCUUCAAACAGUAUUUAUAAUGCUGCUUUGAUGAUAUCAUGAUUAUUUGAUGAAGGAGUAUUUUGUAGUCCCUUUUGGAGUUCUAAUUCAAUGAAAUAGAGACAGCAUUUAAUAUCAAUGUGAAAUAUUUAUAGCGCGUUUGAGCUUGUUUAUACAGAGCGAUGGAAGCAUCUGCCAAAUCUGGGUUUCAAGAAGGGGGGGAAAACGGGAAAAAGGACAAUGGCGGUGAAAAGGAAAACACAUGCCUUGGUUUCUCUCUUGUUUGGACUAAAUUAUACUGCAGGCCCAGGCAAAAUAUGUGUUUGAAUCAAGAAUAGAUUAGACUGAAACACUGAUGCGACGAGAGAGCACUUCAGAGUAUCAAAGACACUUGGCAACCCUCUGCUUUUAAUUGAAUCUUCUCAAGAGUUCAUCGCCAGAAAAGGAAGAAAAGCAUUCCUGUACCUGAAGAUCCAAGUCUGACUUGUUGUUGUUUUCCAAAGGCCUUGGUUACCUUUUUAAAGUACCCUAAUUUGUUUUCUUUUUGUGGGAAACAAUCGUUUUUCCUCUCUACUGACUAUCUUUUUUCUUGUUUCAAACAUAUUUUGCCUUGGCGUUGGGCUGUGUUACCUGCUGCUAUUUGUCUCAGCCGUAAUAAACACUCUUGUGGCUCGUGGCAGUUCAAGAACACGGCGUGGCAACUGGUGUUUAAGACGGAUCACUUUUUUAUUUUUAAUAUGUUUCACUGUUUCCUCCGAGCCAAGGUGCAGAGGCAUGUAGCCAUGUUGUACUGAGGUGAAUACUUCAAUAUUUCAUCCUUAGCACUUAUCUAGCAGAUAGGCUGCGAUACAGUCCAGUGUAUAGUACAAUAUCACCUUGCAUGGUACCCAAAGUGAGUGUUUUACUGCCCUCUACCUUUGUAUCUCUUCAUUGAUGACAAUAUUAUAUUAACAUUUCUGUCCAGGGAGCGGACAGCGUGGGAGUAGCACAAAGCGGGAAUCCUUAGUUCUGAAAUCGUUUUGUUUAUAGUACCCUAUAUAGUCUUUUAAUAUUGAGUUGUUGUUUUUUUCCAUAUUAUUAAGGAUGUUUUUCUUCAAGGAAAAAGACUUGAAUCUAUAUGAUUUGGGUUUUUUUUCCACUUUUGUGUCUAUUACUGUACAUUACUGAACAUGUUUGUCAUUCAAGCUGCAAUUUUUAAUUGUCCGCAUCUUAAUUGCACAAAUCAUCGCUUGUGAGGGGGGCUCAUUCAUUUUCUGUGUUUAAACGAUCAGAUUAGUAUAAAAUGUACAGAAUCUUUGGGGUUUCCUCCAAAACGUAUCUAACACACUUCAACAACAAAUGUGAAUAGUAUUUUUAUAAAGUACUGAAAUGGCCGGCGUGGCGAAUUUGUAAAUAAGGAGGCAAUGCUUUGAAUUUCUAUGGUAUUCUCUACAUCUGCUGUUGUCUCCUGCUUAUAACAACGUGUACAAAAAGAGCCGUACAUAUUUGCUUUAUGUAAGUGUACCUUUUGACUAAUGGGAAUUUGAUUUUAAAAGUGCUUGUUGACCCUU